UGUGUUAAAAAUAAACCAUAGCCAUAAAGUACACCAUCAACCAAUAAAUAUAUGUAAAGCAGAUACGAAAUAUGAUAAGUGAACACAUAAUUUACGAAUUUGUUAGAAAAAUACUUAAAAUAAAAUUAAACAUUUGUGGGAGCAACCCUGUUUGGGCUACAAAGCGAGAUUAGAAGAACCGGAGUCAUGUCAGAAUUACACUCACUCAAAAUGGCGUCGGAAGAUGUAAAUUUUGCUGUCAAACAAUUUAUUGAACAUUGUAAUGGAUCCUCAUCAAGUGUUAGACGAAAUAUAUCAUGUACAACGGCGAUAAAAUUUCUCUACGCACGAAAAUUUGAUGUACAUAGAGCUGUAUCACUUUAUGAACAACAUGAACAAAUUCGGCUACGAGAAGGCUUGUACAACAUAAAUCCAGAUUUAGAACCGCUGUAUUCAGAGUUAAAAACUGGAAAAUUCACGAUAUUGCCUUCACGUGAUGCUAACGGAGCAGCGAUUGCACUUUUCACAGCAAACAAACACAGUCCUCUUAGUGUUACGCAUACAAUAACAUUGCAGGGUAUCGUAUAUCAACUCGAUUGCGCACUGCAAGACACAGAAACUCAGAGGGCGGGUCUAAUCUUCAUAUAUGAUAUGAGUGGCUCGAAGUAUUCAAACUUCGACUAUGAUUUGUCACAAAAAAUUUUAACAUUGCUUAAGGGUGGCUAUCCAGCUCGUUUAAAAAAAGUCUUAAUUGUGACGGCACCGCUGUGGUUUAAAGCACCGUUCAAAAUUCUGCGAUUAUUUGUACGGGAGAAAUUGCGUGAACGCGUCUUUACUGUAUCUGUGCCAACGUUGGGCCUUCACGUGCCUCUGAAAGCAUUGCCCCUGCAUCUUGGCGGAGGAUUGGAAAUCGAUCACGCCACAUGGUUGCUACAGUGCCGCAAAUCGAUGACGAAUCGUGAAGACGAACUGCUCGCCAAUAUUGAGCAAGUGGCUUUAAAUCGAAGCAACACAAUCAACGCUACAACUAAUAGCAACGUUGUGAAUAGUUCAGUUACCAUUGUUGGGGAUAUAGACAGCAACGUUAACAGCAACAUAAAUACGACGACAGCCGCAUUAACGAACGAAGACUACGGUCGACGUUUACUGGGCGGCGAGGAGCCCAACGAAAAUAUCACAAUAAGCAGUCUGCGCGCUGUCAUAGCUACAUCGGCAACCGCUUUAAAUCAAGGUAACAGUAAUAGUACGGCAUUAUUAUCUGUGUGCAACCAAAUUGACACCGAGUCGGGGGUGGUUGCGGCGACGACGACGGCUUCAGUGGAAACAUCAGUAGGUGUACCAGUGCUGAACGGAUUAGAGGCCAGUGGAGUUCAAGGCUCCGUGGUUUUGGCGAAUGGUGUAGCUGUUCCAUCGGCAGUUACCAGCAACGCCAGUUCUAACGGCUCAUCCGCCUUAAGUGAAUUGUGGUCGGAAAAUCCGCCAAGUAGUGCGUCGUCGGGGUUUAGUGAUGACGACAGCCUGGCUGGGCAAGAGGGAGAUCCAAAAACAAUUGAACAAAUUGUUCAAAUGGUAAAAGAGCAAGGACGAAAAGGUCUGGUGAAAGAAUAUGCCGAAAUACGUAAUCGGGCGCCUGAGGGCACAUUUGUUUAUGCAAGAAUGCGGAAUAACUUGACAAAAAAUCGCUACACGGAUGUUCUUUGCUAUGAUCAUAGUAGGGUGGUGUUGUCUAGGGAGGAUGGUGAGGACUAUAUAAACGCCAAUUUUGUGGACGGAUACAAACAAAAGAAUGCCUAUAUUUCCACACAAGGUCCAUUACCGAAAACAUCACAAGAUUUUUGGCGUAUGAUAUGGGAACAACAUUGUUUGGUUGUUGUAAUGACAACACGGGUCAUGGAGCGUGGUCGAGUAAAAUGUGGCCAAUACUGGGAACCGACUGAGAAUAGUUCCUUAGAAUUCGGAAACUUCCACGUGCGAACACUUAGUAUAGAAGUAAAUGAAGAUUAUACAGUAGCAUCAUUAGAAUUGAAAAAUCUUAAGACUGACGAAAUUAGAAACGUUUCACAUUGGCAAUUCACAAGUUGGCCCGAUUAUGGUGUGCCGAGCUCUGCGAUGGCCAUGUUAAAUUUUCUUCAGAAAGUGCGAGAAAAACAAGCAUCUAUGGUAAAAGCAUUGGGCGAUACCUGGGCUGGGCAUCCGCGGGGACCGCCUAUCGUUGUACACUGUAGUGCGGGCAUUGGUCGAACAGGCACUUUUAUAACAUUGGAUAUAUGCAUAUCGCGUUUGGAAGAUGUGGGAACGGCUGACAUUCGUGGGACUGUGGAAAAAAUUCGUUCACAGCGUGCCUACUCCAUACAAAUGCCCGAUCAAUAUGUAUUUUGCCAUCUGGCCCUGAUUGAAUAUGCAGUUUCAAGGGGCAUGCUGAAAUCUGUAGAUUUAACGGGGUUCGAUGAUCGUGGCGAAGAUUCAGACUAAGAAGUAUUCUGCUCGAAGCUCAUAGGAAAUAAAUUCUCAACCGAAAUCUUCGUAUUCGGUUCUUAGGUUCUCGAAAUGGCUAAGGCGUUUUGUAGAAAAUAAUAAUGUAGCUGACAUAAUAAUUGAAAAGAGAAUCGAAAUAGAAAAUGAUGCCGAAAUUUUCUUAAGAACAUAGCUCGUAUUUACUUGAUUAAAUUUUUGUUAUUUCAUUUCGUUUCAUCUUAGAGAAGUGAAAUCUUUAAUACACCCCGAUAAAAAGUAAAUAUACAUUUUAGUUUUGCAGAAUCAUAAUGAAUAAUUAACGUUUAAAUUAAAUAAUAGUAAAAUAUGUCAAGAUCAUAAGGAAAUAAGUAGAAUUGGCCUAGAUGUAUAAAUAAUUUUAAACAAUAAAUUUAAAAAUCCUUAAAACCGAAUCAUUUACAUAGUUUUUUCGGGGCUUUUGCGUAGUGAAUGGUCUAUAAAUAAGAAUGUAUCGGAUAAUAAUUACUCUACGAUAUGCAAACACAUCUUUAAACAAUACUGAAAAGUAUUGGAAAACUGAUGUAACAAUAAUAUUGAUCAAUUCUCAAUAAUACAUCAAUAGAUUCUUCAAAACUCACAUAAAUUUAGAGCUCUGGAACACCUGGCAAAGCGUUUGCUUUAGAAAUUUGUAUAUUUAUCACCGGUCUGAAUAAGAGACUUAAAGUAAACAAUUUGGUGAUGUUGCAAAGUACAACGAAAUGGGGAAACUAUGUAUAAAACUACUAAUGGGAUGGAGACAAUUGAUAAAAGUGAAUGAGGUCGCCAACGGUAAACCGUCCUCCAAAUAUCUUCAAAGAGCCUAAUAAAUAUAAAACAAUAAAAAAAAUUUAUUGAUAUAAUAUCCUAUAAUCAUAUUUGAAUGUCAGUAAACAAAACGUACAAUUAGAAAAAUAUAAAGUUUAUACUAAAAUAUUCACUUACUCAUCCAUCAUAUGUAUUAUCUUUGGUUACUGAUUCAUUAAAUUUUGCUUUCAUGUCUGAAAAAUGUACAUAAAGUACGCUUAAAGUUGAAGUUGAAAUGUGUUUCCAUUACGCUUUAAAAUGUGUCACUGAUAAAUAUUAGUAAAUUCCAAGAUUAAUUAAAUAUGUAUGUAUGUAUAUUAUAAAA